GCACGCGGGAGGCGCGCACGAGGUACUGGCAUUCCGGAACAAGGCUCAAUAUGGAAAAUCAUAAAUCAGAUGAUACUAUCAAGGAAAACAUAACUGAUAUUAUAGCCAGAAAAAUUAACCAACUUCCAGAGACAGACAGGAACCUACUUGAACACGGAUCAGUAUAUGUUGGACUUAAUGCGGCUUUCUGUGGUCUGAUAGCAAACAGCCUUUUUCGGCGCAGCCUGCACGUGACACAGGCUCGUAUAGCUGCUGGCUUACCAAUGGCAGUGAUUCCGUUUUUGUCAGCAAAUGCCUCUUACACAGGUUUUGUAACUUUACCUCUGAGUACAGGUGAUCUGAAUUGUGAAACCUGCACUAUGACGCGGGCUGGACUGAUUGGUUUAGUUUUUGGUGGUCUGUCCCCUGCUUUCUUGGCUAUGCCUGUGAAUGGUGCCCUAGCAGCCAGGUAUCAAUCAGCACUGCUACCAGAGAAAGGAAACAUCUUAACCUACUGGAUUAGAAUAGCUAAGCCUGUCUUCAGAAAGAUGGUAUUUCCCCUUCUACUUCAGACUGUGUUCGCAGCAUACCUUGGAGCUAGACAAUAUAAACUACUUAUAAAGGCUCUUCAGUUACCCGAACCAGGCCUAGAAAUUAACUGAUUUUUAACUAAGUAUGUAUAUAAAAUGAAAGU